AUGUCCAGAGUGGAGGCGCUCAGAGACACGAACCUGCGCUGUCUGCUGAGAGAGUUGCGUACGGACAUCGCCAUGGCAGUGGACGACCCCUUCCCUCUUGUCUAUGGUUUGGCAGACAAAAACAUCAUCAGUGAGCAGCUGCUGAAGGACACUCUGGAAAAGGGAGGCAACGAAGGGAUCCACAAGGCCAUGUACUGGCUCCUGUCCUGGAUUCUGGAGCAGCGCAGAUCCACGGUCCGGGCCUUUUGGAGCAACUUAUCCAAAGACUACAAUAUUGAUAGUUACCCCAAGUUGCAGACGCUGCUGACUAGCCUCCGCUCCAAACCUUUUUCACAGUGUUUCCCAUUCUUUCUGACAGGGCGGGAUGCUGCAAGCGAAAACAGCUCUACGGGAAGCGUCAAAGCUCCAAAGACCAAGAAGAGGAGCCACGGUGACAAAGGGCCAGACUUUCAGCAUUCCGAGUUUCAAGCCAAGACGAGUGAUGGAUCAGAACAUAUUCCUCUAAAUUCUGCCACAGGUGUGCAAGAUGUGUCCUCCUUAGCACAGAAAGGGGUGACGCAGUCCUCUUCUAAGGUCUUCCCAAAAGAUCUACCAGUUAGCAGUGAGACUAGAGAAAAGCUCCUUAUUAAGCAGGAGAAUAUCUCAGAUGGGACAAACAGGAAAUACAUAAAAACGGAGGGGUUUCACUCGCGGGGUCUCUCUGAGGAGACUAAUGUCGGCACGUCAAAAUUUGCUAAGACCACUUUUCACCACCAGGGGGAGACAACAACAAGCACGACUCACUGUAAUGAUGACGAGUGUGCAGUGUGUAAAGAUGGUGGAGAGCUCAUUUGUUGUGAUGGCUGUCCUCGAGCCUUUCAUCUGGCCUGCCUUGAGCCUCCACUCACUUCUAUACCCAGUGGCCCCUGGCAAUGUGAGUGGUGCUGUGGACACAAGCUGAAAAAAGAGAAUGUCCCACUGCCUUUAAAAGCACUUACUACCCAGCCUCAGCAAACACAUACAGACUGCAGUAACAAAGUCCCAGACGCCUCAUUCUACUCUUCGCUGCCAUCCUCCCUCACAAGUGUCACAGCCUCAAUCAAUGUUUCCAGUGGCAAAAACCAGUGCUCAGGUGGAGAACUGGUCAGUGUGAGGAAAGUAUGUGGUGUUUGUCACCUUGAAGGGGGAAACCUGUCUUGCUGCCUCCAGUGUUUAGAGUGUUUCCACGUACACUGCCACUUCUCCAAAGGGAGGUCCAUCUGUCUGUCCUGCUCCAGGCAGUGGGGCAGCUCUGCAGACAAAGUGGUUGAGCCCAGAAGCAUGCAGGUUGCACCAGCAGCACAAAACGUAUUCAGUUACGAUCCGAAUGCCUCCAUCUCUGAGCCCAUUGUCCAUAAAGAUGAAUUUGACUCCGUCCUGGGAGACCCAAACUCCAUUGAUGGCCUGUUCCAGUGGGCUUUCAACAACAUCUCUCGGCCUCUUACAGACUCUCAGGGAUGCUACCAGUGACAAAUGAUAUACUGUAAAGCCAUUGAUUGAAUGCAUAACAAAGUAAAAUUAGAUGGCUUACAUGAAAAUAUUUUUUUUUCACAGCUGAAAAAAAUGUUUGCUGGUCAACUUUUUAUUGGACCUGCUAAGUGAUGAGCCACUGCACCAAAUGUCUCCUGUGCAUGGGUAACACAUUCUGUUGCCUUUAGGUUCCUGUUAUGUUAUUUCUAACCAGCAAUUCUACACAUGAAUUCUUUAUUUGACAUACUUUAUGUACAUACUUUAUGUAAGUUUUUCAUGAACCAAAAGUCUGAAACAUCUCCAAAGCAGAUUUUGACAUUGAGUUUGCCACAAGAUACGGCCGUAUAACUAGUUGCCAACCCCAGACUCUUUUGCUUCAUAAUGUUAAGUGGUGAAAAUUUGCAUUACGAACCCUGGCAAAAUGUGAGCCAGGAGCCUUUGGGACAUUCAGAAAAAUGUAAUUUGUAUGUACUGCUUUCUGCUCUCUGCAGCAAAAUGUGUUUUUUCCAAAGAUUCUGUGUAGUUUCACUGCAUUCCUGAGCAGGACUAGAGUCAGCACUGAUGUGGGAGAGCUGGCAGUGGGCCACAGGCGUAUCUUCGCAGACAUUCUCAGGCUAUACUCCAGUCCUACAAACAGAAUUACAAAAAAGUUUAAACAAGAGUUUUUUUUUCUUUUCAAUUUGAGACAUUCCAGAAAACCGUCAGAUUCUGAACUUUUGUGUUUUACCUGUCAGGAAUGUCACUGUCUACAGUAAAAGUCAAUGGUAUGUUGAAGAUGAACCACUGCAUACAAUGUAUACCCAGCGAUGGCAAAAACAAAAACUGAUUCUAAUGUCUCUUUGGAUCUGGAGAAUUAAGAUUCACACGCUGUACCAGAUGGUUUCAAUACAUUGAGGUAUGCACCCUCAGAAAUGUGUCUGCUUAACAGGAAUUCCUUGAGGACUAUAUCACUUAGAUGAGGAAUGUUGUUUUUGUCGUGCAAUUCAUGAGUUUUAGUGAGACUGCCAGUAGGAUGGAGCCCAGCCAGGCAGCCCGAAGAUUUUUCUCCCCUUGGUAUUUGGUUGCCAUGGCUCCUGCUCCUACAGGUCCAAAACAGGGGAUGAGAAAUAUGCUCUGUGCUGCGAGUGUUUCCCUGCAUACACAGUUUUGUUUGUUUAUCCAACAGAUCUGACAUGAAUUUGUCUCAAACAUGUAAUUAUCAAUAAUUUGGCGCUACUGGAGGCUUUCAGUACAAACAAUAAACAUUAUUUCU